CAGCUAUAUAUCCGCAUGCCAGGGCUGUCCCGCAACGCGUCUUUGUUAUUGAGCUCGAGCAUACACGAUAGCCGUUUCGUUUCGGCCUCAAUCUCUCCGUCCAAUACAAAAUGGCUCUCUGGUAUGCCUUUGGAGUGGCCAUAUUCGCUGCGAUCGGCACCUUCUUAUUCGGGUUUGAUACAGGGAUUGCCACGACAACAAUCGCCCAUGAAAGCUGGAUUGACUAUAUGAACCACCCUUCUAACGGCUUGACCGGAGCUGUUGUAUCGGUGUAUAUCGCCGGUGAGGCAGUCGGCGCCCUCACCCAGACUGCAGUCGGAGAUAAGCUCGGUCGCCUUCGGUUCAUGGAGCUGCAGUGCAUUGUUGUCACUAUCGGAACAAUUAUUCAGACCGCGGCGGUGAAUAUCGGGAUGUUUCUUGCCGGUCGAUUGCUGGCUGGUUAUGCUGUUGGUGGGAUGGUCGCUACAGUCCCGAUCUAUCUCAGUGAGAUAUCCGCCCCUCGUUAUCGCGGAGUCAUUGGUGGUGUCUCGGGUUGCGGCAUCGCCUUUGGAACGAUGGCUUCCAACUGGGUCGGGUACGCAUGUAGCUAUGCACCCUAUGGUCAAGUGCAGUGGAGACUCCCUCUGGCGAUCCAAGUUCCUUGGGGGAUCAUUAUGUUCGCCGGGCUAGUAACCUUUAUGCCGGAUUCCCCACGCCACCUGAUUCGAGUAGCUCAGAUUGAAAAGGCACGCAGCGAAUUCACGAAAGGCCGACGGGACUUGCGUCCGGAUGAGGCCCACCAAGAAUUUGGGGAAAUGGUCGCUCAGAUUCAGUAUGAGAAGGAAAGGGAGAUAACGUCCUACAAAGAUAUUUUCCGUCUGUUCAGGCGGCGAGCCCUAGUUUCAAUCGCUGUGCAGACGAUGACGAGUCUUACCGGUGUGAACGUUAUCCAGUACUACCAAACAACUCUAUACAAAUCCCUCGGGAUCGAUUCCCACACUAUCCUAGCCCUAGCCGCCGUAUACGGCACCGUCGCUUUUUUCACAAAUUGCCUAACCACCAUAUAUCUAACGGAUCAAUGGGGCCGUCGCAAAAUGAUCAUAGCCGGCCUCGCCGGGAUCAUCGCCAUUGAAAUCUACGCCGCUGUCAUGCAGCGCGAAUUCCAGAAUACCGACAACAGAGUCGGGAAGGGCUUCGCCAUCCUAGGAAUCUAUCUAUUUGUGGUGGUCUACUACGGUAUGCUCAACAGUACCACCUGGCUCUACGGUGCCGAAGUUCUGCCCAUCGCACUCCGCAGCAAAAUCAUGGGACUAGCAGCAGCAUCUCACUUUAUUGUCAAUGUCGCAAUAACCGAAGCGGGCCCCAGCGCCUUCGCCAAUAUUCAUGAGAACUACUACUAUGUCUUCGUGGCCUGCACGCUCUUCUUUUUAAUCAUCGCGUAUCUCUACUUUCCAGAGACCAAACAGAAGACGUUGGAGGAGAUUGCCGCGUCCUUCGGUGAUAAGGUGGUCGCGGCUGGCGAAAGAGGCGAGGAGGAUCCGGAUGCGAAGCCUAAUUCCCAGCGGGUAGAGGUCGUAUACGAAGGAUAGGUAGGAGGGCUCACCGGAGAAGGGUGAUAGGGUAGGAGAGCUCUGGCAAUGAACUCAGAUAUAAG